AAAGAGCAUAACGCUCGGGCGAUCUCGCGCGCGUUCCCCAACAUUUCUUAUUUCUGCUCUGGUAAAUCUGUCGUCUCAGUCAGUGAGGCAGUGAAGGGCGAACUGUGUAGUGACCGUGUCCACUGCGGUUCGUGACGAUUCCCUUUUUUAUUUCGGGUCCACUCGAUCGAAAACCUCGUCAGACUUUCCGAUCGAGUGACAAUUCGACGAGGACUUUUUCCGACAAGCAAAUUCGGCGGAAACGUGUUUACUGUGAUCUCGAAGCGAUGAAAUUUAUGAAAAUCUCGUAAUUCGAGCGAUUCUGCAUCGCAAUGUGCUUUUUCUCACGAAUCCAAUGAUCCUGUGACUCAUUUGUGCUCGUACUACAACUUGAUCUCGAAUUUAAGAAAAACGAGGACUUUCCCCUCUUGACGCGAGAACGAGACACUUUUUUCUCUACUUUUGGUGAUAUCGGGCACAAAAACGGUCGCAAACACGCAGUUGACUUUGCGGUCGUCCGACGGCUGUCUUUCCGGCCCCCCGAUGGAUCCGAUCGUUCUAGAAAGUAGCGGGAACGCAGGGAUCGGUGGCCAGCAUCAUCAGCAGCAGCAGCAUCAGCACCAGCAGCAACAGCCGCAGCAGCAACAGCCGCAGCAGCAACAGCAGCAACAACAGCAGCAACAAUACGGAGAGGUGAACCAGCUCGGGGGUGUUUUCGUCAACGGUCGUCCUCUGCCGAACGCGGUGCGUCUUCGGAUCGUGGAGCUGGCGCAGCUGGGCAUCAGGCCCUGCGACAUAUCGAGGCAACUGCGGGUCAGCCACGGCUGCGUGAGCAAGAUUUUGGCGCGGUACCACGAGACCGGGAGCAUCCUGCCGGGGGCGAUCGGCGGCAGCAAACCUCGCGUGACCACGCCCAAAGUCGUGCAGUACAUAAAGCAACUGAAGCUCAAAGAUCCGGGGAUCUUCGCCUGGGAAAUACGCGAUCGGCUCUUGUCCGACGGCGUCUGCGACAAAUACAACGUUCCUUCGGUCUCGAGCAUCUCGAGGAUCCUCAGGAACAAGGUCGGCGCGGCGGCAGCGGCGGCGGCCGCGGCCGCCGCCGCCGCCGCGGCCAUGCACCAGCAUCACCCGGCUCAUCAUCAUCCCGCCCAUCACCACCAUCACCAUCAUCAUCUGUACGCCGCUGCCGCCGCCGCCGGCGCUGCCCUGUGCCCGGUCCCCUAUCCACCGACGCCUUAUCACGCCGCGCCGCCGGCCGCUGUUCCUCACCAUCAUCAUCACCACCACCAAGUUGGCUUGACUGCGGCUUCCUCGAGCAAGUUGUCGCCAUCGCCGCCGGUAUCAGCGACUUCCGCGGGCCCGAACAGCCACCAGCACCAUCACCACGAGGAUUCCUCGACGAUGAGCGCCCCGACGAGCGCUCCUGCUUCCGGGCUUCUUCAUUGGCCGAGCUCCCACACCGUCCACAACAUACUCGCGACUUCCGGCCUUGCGAGUCACGUCCCCAACGGCUCGACCUCCUCCUCCUCCAACAAUUCCUCCUCUCCCCUCUGUCCUUCCAUUCGCAAUCAUUCUCAAAGACACUCUUUCGCUUCCAGCCUCCGGGAACACCGCAACAACAACGAAAACAACCGGAACAUCGACACGAGCAGCAACGACGACAACGACGACGACAACAACAACCAUAUCAACAGCCCAAACAACGAUGACCCUGCGGAUCUCAACUGCAACACUCACAACGACGAAAGACUCGUCAAUGGACAGAGCCAUCACCAUCCCCAUCAUUCUCACUACCCAAAUCACUAUCAUCACCAUCACCAUCGCCCGCAACAGUAUUACGCUUCGGCAGCCCUUUACCACCAUCAUCACAACCAUCCUGGUGCCUCGAUACCCAACCCCUCGAGCCUCGUUCCCAACACCCCAAGCCCGAUGUCCUUCCAACCUCUCGUGAUGCAAAUAUCCAGCAACCUCAGCCAACCCGCGAGUCCUUGCAACUAAUUUCACUCCACUUUUAUUUCUGCUCCUCUGUUUUUUCUUUUGUUUUUCAUUUGAGGAGAAAUAAGAUGAUGAUAUUUUUAUUCUUUUGUUUUUUCAACGUCGCAGCUCGUGGGAUGUGCAAUCGAGUUUGGUGAAACUGAACGUUUAGUGUGCUUUUCAUGGCGAAUCGUAUUAAAGAUUUU